AUGGGAGACCGAGCCCCACCAACACUCCAGCAGCUUGCAAUCCAAGGGCUCCUGAGGGAGGAGGCCUUGGCCAUUUCUGCCCUGGAGGUGAUGCCCCCAAUGCUGCUCCCAGCAAUGUUUGAGGUGGCCUUCAAGAACAGACAGACAAACGUCCUGAGGGCCAUGGUCCUUAUUUGGCCAUUCCCAUACCUUCCUGUAGGAGCCCUGAUCAAGACCCCCCACCUGGAAAGUUUGAAGGCUCUGCUUGGUGGACUAGAUGCCUUUUUUAAACAGAUGGAUUGCCCCAGAAAGGGGAAAGUCAGAGUGCUGGAUCCUAUGGGCAUAUGGGCUGGAACCUAUGAAGGUGACUGCUCUCAACAGGUCGUGAGACAUGAGCAGCAGCCCAUGGAGACAUGUCAUGACUCAGGGAUGAAGAACAAUUUGAAGGUGGUAACUGACCUCCAACUUGUAGACAACGACACCAAACAAUAUGCCACUCACUUGGUGCGGUGGGCCGAGAAGAAAAAAGAUUCCAUUCAUCUAUGCUGUCUGAAGCUUCAGAUUUGGGAACCAUGCAUCUCCAAUGUCAUAGAGGUCUUAAAAUCUGAGUGGAUAAGCACAUUGCUCUCUCAAUUCCCCAAAUUCCAUUGCCUACAGCAUCUCUAUAUAGAUGAUAUCUACCUUCUAGUUGGCUGCAUGAGAGAGUGGCUCAGGUCCCUGAAGAAGCCCUUGGAGACCCUAUCCAUUAAGUACUGCCACCUCUCCCAGGCAGACUUGGAUCACCUGCCCCAGUGCCUGAACCUUUCUGAGCUCCGGCAUCUGCACCUCAGUUCUCUACUUUUAGCUGAGUGUCUUGGACCACUUGGACUUCUCCUGGAAAGAGUCAAAGCCACUUUGCAAAGCCUAGAACUGGAGAAAUGUUGGCUGGAGGAUUCAGGAUUCAGGGUGCUCUUGCCUGCCCUGAGCCAGUGCUCCCAGCUCACCAAGGUCAAUUUCAUUGAUAAUAAUCUGUCUCUGCCUCUCCUGAUGCAACUGCUUCACAACAUAGCCAAACUGAGCAAGCUGACCCAGGAGCUCUACCCUGCACCUCUGGAAUGCUACGAUCCUAGCGGCCUAGUACUUGUACAUCAGUUUGACCAACUUUGCCCCGAAUUCGUGGCUAUAAUAAGGACAGAAAGAAAGCCAAAAAAAGUGACUUUUGCUACAAGACAAUGCCAUAAAUGUUUCAGUUGUUCUAUCUAUGAGCUGGAGAGCAGGCAUUGCCUGUGCAGUCAAUAA